CAUCCACUCCACAAGGUAAACCAGUGAAAAGUCAGUGUUCACAAGAGUUCUGGAAAAAAUCUGCAAUGAAUAUACCAGUUUUCAUUGUGGACGCAUUUACCAAUUUACCUUUCAAAGGUAAUCCGGCAUGUGUAUGUCUGCUGCAAAAACCAUUGUCAGAGGAGUUGUACCAAAAAAUUGCAACCGAGAUGAACUUGUCUGAAACAGCCUUUGUCAUUUGUAAAAAUUCAGCUGACAACUUCAGCACAGCGUCACGUUUUAAUUUACGUUGGUUCAGCCCCACUAAUGAAGUUUGCCUGUGUGGACAUGCCACCCUUGCUUCAUCAGCUGUACUGUUUUAUCACAAAAAAAAUAUAAACCGGGAGAUAGUGUUUGAUACUCUGAGUGGAGAGCUAUGCAUCCGCAUGCGUGGGGACUGCAUUGUGAUGGAUUUCCCCCUAUAUACAAGUACUCCCCAGGAUCCACAUGAGGUUGCAGACUUAAUUAAAGUCGUUGUGGGAGACUUGCCCUUAGAGGAUGCACGAUACAGUGAAGACACAAAAAAACUGUUGUUGCGUCUUGCCGACACAUGUGACACGUCAGCACUGACAUCUUUGAAACCAGAUCCAGAGAAGAUGAUGACUAGUGAACACACUGGCAAGGUUAAAGGUGUAAUUGUCACCAUAAAGGGGGCCCCUGCAUUCCAGCCAGGGUAUGACUUCUUCUCCAGGUACUUCUCACCGUGGAAUGGGAUUCCUGAGGACCCAGUAACUGGAUCAGCGCAUUCUGUCCUUGCGAAAUAUUGGUCAGAGAAACUGGGGAAGCAGAGGUUGCUAGCCUACCAGACCUCCAGCCGUGGAGGAGAGCUGGAGCUCGAGACCAAGGGGCACAGGUUGGACAUUGCGGGCAGAGCGGUGUUUGUCCUUCAGGGAACAAUGACCCUCUAGACCUCUGGAACCUGCCGACGCAAUGGAUUAUGGGAGCAUGACCAUGUCAUAGUCAGUAGAAUCCUCAUAGGACAUCGGAGUCAAGCAUCUAUUUCAGUAGCCUGUUCUGUCAUAAUUUCAGCUGCUUUUUCAGUGACCAUUAUAAUGAGUAUCCUCUAUUGUUCUAAUAAAUUAAUCAGUAAGAGUGCUUCAA